CAGCUGACACACCACAACAACAUGGAUGUCAACAACACUGGUGGCUACACGCUGCCACUGACUUAAUAUAAGACAUACUAACUAUUGGUUACCUGACCAUGAGUAGCAAUAAGGUGCCCUGUGGGCCACUUUUGAGGUAUCUUUUCCAAGGGGAUCCAAAAGUUUAUAAGGAGGUGAAUGCUUAUCUUCAUCACGAUGGCAGUCUUACAUCAGAGUGUCGGCUCUCUCUCUCCUUUGUUACUUACACCUCUCUUAAGGAGAAACUUCUGGCUCAUCCACAUGAAGCAGCAUGUGUAUUUCAUCACCUGGUAGCUAGAAGCAAGCAGAUUAACACUAAUGAAAAUAUCCAGCAGGAUGCUGCCUCUUCCACUGAGCAGGUGGAGAGCAGCAGCAGGCAGGUUAAUGCCAGGAAAGAUACCCAGCAGGUGGCUUCCUCUUUUCUUGAUGUCACUCAGAGUAAGGAAGCAAGGAACAUCAGAAAACAUGAAGAUGUUAGCUGUUCUUCAGAAGACACCAGUAAUUUUAUAAAGCUUUUCAUUGAGUGCUUAGACCACUGCUUGCACAGAAUUGAGAAUUUAGAUGAAAAGUUGCAUAAAGAAGAGGAGGAAUAUUUAGUUUUACUAAAGAAACAGCAGAAGAGUAUCUCAGCUGUAAGUCCUUCAGUGAAAGCUGGUCAGAGAUUCCUUGAAUCUGUAGAAGUGUCAAAACUUGAGGAAAGAAAACUGGUGACCAAUACAGAGAAAUUAAGACAUGAAGCACUCUUUUACAGUUUACUCUUACAUUCCUGUGAUGUGGAGCUUUCUGCUCUAAGUGAAUUGUUUCCUAGAAUGUUGAAGCUGUGUUAUGAUAGAAACUUAUUGCAUGCACAUAAAAUACAUGUAUCUCUUCUAGCAAGCUCAAAGGAGUUCCUAAAUAUGUUCUGUAUUAAGGAGAGUGAGUAUCUUCUCAGAAAGUCUCGAACUAAGAAGUUUGAGCAGCUUCAAGGUGUGUUGUCACCCAGUUCCUCUGAUAUGAGACAGAUAUUUCAUAUCUGUACUAAAACUUCACAACAUUUCCUGCAGAUGAUGUUCACAGUGUUAGCAAAUAAUAAAGUUACUGGAAUGCUGGCAGUAGAAAUGCAAGAAGAAUAUCAGUGGUUAAUACCCUUGUGGCCAGUGCUCUUCAUACAAGUGUUGUCAAAGUCUCAUGACAGAGUAGAGGAUCCUACAAGUGUAGCAGCAGUUUGGGACAAGCAUUCAGACAUUGUAGAUCCUUCACUCAUGAAGGUGUGCAGUGCCCUCAGCUGUGACAUGAGCUUUGUUAACUGGUGCCUAGCUCAUAAGAGUAGGAUCAAGGCUCUGCCUCUCUUGCAGUUAAUAAGAGACCAUUCCCCCCUCUAUGCUCUACAUAAAUCACUGCCAAUGCAUACCUUGGUUCCCGAGGAUGUGUUACAAAUAAUUGAGGAACAUUGCAUGGCUAGAGAUUCUAGUGGAAACUUGAGCUUUAAUUGUAAAAAUAUUUACAUAGCAUUUUGCAUACUCUAUCAAGUGUUUAAGGUAAUUGGAGCUGGUAUGCAGUUGGAUAACAUUGCUGCUGGUUGGCAAGCGAGAGGAAAACUAUGUGUUGGCAAAAGACAAGGUAAUGUAAUUAAUAGCUUUCAGGAUCGGCAAAGUCAUGAGGCUUUUUAUUUAAAGAACAUUGCAGAAAAGCUUGAAGGCGUGAAAAGAAUGCUUAAUGACCUGCAGCCUCUUGAGUGCAGAUUAGAGGUAAUGGAGAACAUGUACUCCACAAUAUUUGUGAAGCAUAGUGAUAUUAGCGAUGAGGGGCAGAGUGAGUCAGGGGGAGAGGAAGGAGACUUUGAUCAAUCUUGCAUUUCUCAACAAACUGACAUAGAUAGUUUAGCAAGCAUGUCACAAUCUGCAACCCUCCUAAAACCCAGCUCACUCAGAAAAUCUAACAUGACUUCAGUUUGCACUCCAGAGAAGGAUGUGGAUACCAAAGAUGAUAAAAUAUCAAAUUUUUCUGAAUACAUUAUAAUUGAUAAAUUUGGUAUAGAAGGAAAGCGCUCCAGUAAAGUAUGCAAUGCGAGCAGCGACUCUGGAGGAAGCAACUCUGCAAAAUUCUCUGAAUCUUCUUGUAUAUCUGCAGCAACAGAACAGGUGAAGCUGGACAUGUACCAACAUUGUCCACAGAGUGUCCAGGUAGUUUAUCCCCAGAGCAGUUGCACCAUGAGUGGGAAAAACACUACUUCUAAUAUGAGUGAACUACCUUGCACUGGAUACAUAAUAAAUGCUCUAGUGGCAUGGGAUAUAAUGUUACUGCUCCGGGAUUCUCUUUUGGCACUCACUGCUAGAGCGUUCACAGAAAAUGCCAGUCCAUCUCAACUUCAAGGAAAUUCCUCCAAGCAAUCUUUUCAGAGUCGCUCAGCUUAUCUCUCACGUUGUGUUAAUGAAGGAUUAUGGCGACUGCAGGUAAUGACACCUAGUAAUCAUAAGUUUGCCUCUUCUGAUGUAUUUAACGAAUACUUAGAUGGUACACUUCUUGCUGAUACUGCACAGUGUAUCAAGUAUGAAAUUUCUCCCAGUUUGGAAGGUACUUUUCGAAAAAUUACUCCAUCUAAGGACGUGGGUUCCCUUCAAGGAAUCAAGAAAAGGCCUGUAAAAGACAAGAACUCUAUAGAAACAGGAGGUUCAAAAGAAUAUAGAAGCAUUUUACAUUUUCUGUUCUCUCCUUCUCCAAGUCUCAUCACUCUGGCACUGGCAAAUGGUAAUGUAAAUAGAAUAAAUCAAAUAUUUCAGACAUAUCAAAUCCCAGACACUGCCACAGAAAAGCGUGAGGCCUGCUUAGCAAUGCGUCUGAAUGAGUUAAGACCUAAAUUAUCAACUUCAAAUCAAAAGUUUGGGCGAAUGAAGGAGACUAAAGUAGUGCAGGCCAGUGAAAACUCCAGGAAUAUGCUGCAAAAUAUUGGACUGCUGGCUCGGGAAGGCUCAGCUCAAGUAGGGGCAACUAACCUGAUAUAUGACUUAAUAACCUCAACUCCACCACCCAUUCCAAAAGGAAUGCCAAAAGCUGCUUUAGAGACUGGUUGCCCUGUAAUGGCUUCAUUUUUGAAUCCACAAGCCCUGGUAUUAUCAGAUCUAGCUAUGACAGUGGAUGUUAGUGAAACCACUGCAACUUACCUCAUAGAACAAGCUCUUCAGAGGCAAACAGUACAUUCUAGCCAUGAUAAACCAAACGAAACAUGUUGUGGCAUUCAGGGUUAUAUUCCAUUAUUACAACAGAUGGGAUCUAUUUGCAGUACUAUUAUUGAUAUGCGUAAAUCAGGAGACAAACAGGGAACAGUAGAUAUGGAUAUGUCAGAAAAUAUUCCCUCUCAUUUAUCUAACCUCUCUUCAACACCAUAUUCUUUAUUGAUCACAUCACUUCCUUUGAGAGAUGAGAAUUUCAAGACUUACAUUAAAGCUUGGUCCAGGGUUCUUAGGAGUAUUUCUUUGACUCAAAAAUCAUUGGCUUCGUGUAAUGAGACACUUGAUCAAGAGAAUUCAAAUGUUUUCAGUAGUGCUCAGAAGAACCAAGUUCAUCUUUCAUACAAAAUGUUACUUCACACAUUGAGUGAAGAGGCUCCUCAUCUUCGUCUUAUCUGUGUUAGAGAAAAAUCAUAUGACAAGUUGGGAGCAUUUCUUAGAUCAUUUUAUCAGUAUUUGCAGCUUUUAUCAGCUAUGGUUACCCAACAUGCAGACAAGAAUUGCCAAAAUACCAGAGCUAACUAUUUUGCUCUCCUUACUCAAAGACCUGUUCACAUUCUAGGUUCUCUGAUGUUUAAGAAAGGUGUUGACCCAGUCAAAUUAGAACCCAUAGCAGCUAGAAUGAGGUUAAACCUAACUACUAUGAUUCUUCAAUAUUGUUGUCCAAAAUUUACAAUACCCAGAGAAAAUUUCUCUGGAAGGAUAAUGUAUGACAUUGAAAGGGAUAAAGCUGAUAUGCUUGGAUUUAAGGUCUUACAAAAGCAAGUUAUAUUGAAUGGUAGUGCUCCACACUGUGAGGCAGGUGUAUAUGGUGAAGUUAUUGUUCGUGACAUCCUGACAACCAUUUUAAGUGGCCUUCAUGAAGCCAUUCAGCCUAUUGCAUUAGCAUCGAACAAACACUACAGAGCAGUGAUAUUAAAUGAUACCACAGCUCCAAAUGCUCUUUCAUCAGUAGAUGUUCAAAUGGCCCUCAGAGAUGCUGCUGAUCUGUCUGCUAUAGAUUUAGAGAAAAUGGUGCCUGGUGAUGAAGCAGUUGUGUUUUUCAUUAACCUGGCCAACUUAAUGUUCAUACAUGCUGGUAUACUUAAUCAUGUAUUGUAUUCAAGUGGUAAAGUAACCUCCAGAUCAAGAGGGUUGUUUUCAAGGCACCAGCUUGAACGUAUAAUGGCCAUGAAGCGACUUGGCUAUGUAGUUGGUCAGCUGGGAUUUAUUUCUCUGUAUGAUGUCCUUUUUAAUAUACUUUCACUUCCAAAUCCACUCUCCAGCAUUUUGAUUCAGAAUGAUGCAAAGCUCAAAAUUAGUAUUUGUGAGAGUAAUUUGAUUUGUAAUAGGGUACAGCCUUGUAAUAGACAUGAACUGCGGAUUUUAGAGCUCUUGAUAAAUUUGCCCUCUAAAGUUAGUUUUUGCAUCAGCCAGGGAACACCUGUGUCUCCUCGGGUGCAGGUACUAUAUGCAGAUAGAAUGGAAGAGCAGAUGGAUGCAGCAGUAUAUGAACACUUGCGGUUAUUUCUUCUUAUGCAAGACACACGAAUGCAAAAGGCAAAGUUGGAUCUGAGUCAACAUUUUAGUGAUAAUACUGGGUAUAAGAAAUGUAAUAUAUUAACUUCCAGGACAUUUCUGAAUUACUUGGCUCUCCAUUCAGAUAAUCUUGGUUGUAUUUCUUCACUGCAACACAAUGCUCCUGAAGAACUCAUAAGCACACUUAAGAAGCUGGAAUGUGAAUUUUCAAAGAAAUUGCCACCUGAAAUAAGUGUUCUUGAUAGAAAUGAGAAAGGUAUAGUUCUGGAGUUUAUUGAGUCAUUUGAGGAUGAGAAGUUUACCAGCAUGAGGUGUGAUAGAGCUGAAGUAGAGAGUUUAUCCAGUUCACCAGAUGACUCACCUUGGUUAUCUGUCAAAGUACCAUUAGCUGUUCUGACUCACCUACGAAGACAAUGUCCUCUUUUAUCAUUUAUUGUACAGGCAUUUCACAGUACUGCAGAGAUGCACAGAAGGAAUAUUCAGGCAUGGAGUGACGACACUGCAGAUACUUGGUUAAAUAUAUUGUAUCCCCCUUCAUUGGGAGUCAAGCCACCUGCUGAAGAAACCAAAGUGUUUAGUGCCAUUAGGAACUUGUUUUCAGUUGACAGACACAAAGGUCUAGCAAAACUUUAUGAGGGUAACAAGGUUACAUCAGCACUCACACAGGACACUGAGGUGUCCUCCAUCUGGGACCUUGCUGAUGAUCUACUGGGAAGCGGAGCCAUCACUAAAGGUUACUCGUCUCAGCUACUUCAGAACGUAACAGCUUUAGUGACAGUUCUACAAGCUCUUCACUCAAGUACUUUGGAGAAGUAUCCUGAUGUUAAAAUUCUUCUAGAUCACCUUUUAGUCUUCUUGGUGAAAGAAACUGAGCCUUCAGGUGAUCCUGGUCCAUGGACGUAUGUUAAUCGCAUAACAGACAGUGAUAUGCGAUGCAAUGUUGUUAUGCAGUUUCAUAGGAAAUGGCCAGUAACUGCAGCUGUUGGUCUUUUAAACUUGGUGGCACAUGACACCCAGCUCACAAGCCACCAGCAGGAGCAGGCUAAGCAGCGGGCAGAGCAGAUUGAGGUGUAUGAUAAAAUCCUUAUGUUGGGGAACCCAUCACAUGGGUCCUGGCAGGAAGUAGAGCGUAUAUGCACCGAGGAGCCAACAGAACUUCUUCAGUACCUAAUUCAGAAAAAGCAAUUUAAAUUAGCUGUUGAAUGGGCUAGCUAUCAUACUGGUGAUGCUGAUAUGCGGCAUCUGGUUGAUCAAAGCUACCUUAUGCAUUUGUUGGAUAAAACCAACCCAGACUACACUACUGCAGUAGAAGCUCUGAAUUCUUUGCAUAUAAAUGAUCUUGUUAUAGUGGUGCACAAUCUUCUACAGAGGCUGUCGAAUAUCCCCACGCGAAGAUUCUUGAUUGAGGUCUUUCUGAAGAAUCUUUACUCAACAGAUGGGGCCUCUUUAUACAGUGAAAGCAGUGAAGUUGGAGAGAACAGGAAAGGUGCCAGAGUUACAAGUGAUGAGCAUACAAAUAUUAAAGAGGAAAAGUGUAACCGUAUUUCUUCCCUUGGUGUGCAACUGGAUGCUGUGAGCCUGCAACAGGAAGUAAUGGGAUUAAUUCUGGUUGAGGAUGUAGCACCACCUGCAGCAGACAGGUUCCAACUGAGUCAUUUAGCUUCAUCUCCACAUCUGAUUAUAGAACAGUGGUUGAUGAAUGUAAGAUUAGAAGCUAUAGAAAAAUCCCUUAAAAUAUUAACUCACCAUCUAGAUAUGGUAGGUUCACAGAUGUUCCUUCCUGAUGAUUCACAAGAUUUUGGAAUCUCAUUUUCAGGUACCAGUACAGCAGUUGCAGCAAGAGAAGUAAAUGGCUUGAGUUGGGAUGUUCUAAAUUGGCUCUUGGAAGUUUAUGCUGCCAAAGCACUGGACACCACUGGUGUACAGUUUGCUAUUAAGCCUUCACUGAUGGGUGAAAAGUCACCAAAAAAAUUUGUGAUGCCAGCCCAGCCUCCCAAAAGGCACGAGUGGGUACCAGAUGCAGAGGUAAGAAAAUGCCCUAUAUGCGACACAGCUAUUUUUUCAAUGUUUUGCCGGCGUCACCAUUGUCGUCGGUGUGGACGUGUUGUGUGUGGCUCAUGUUCUCAACACAAGACUGCUGUUCAAGGAUAUGAUGAUUUAUUUGUUCGAGUUUGCUCUGAGUGUUAUCAGCAAACUAAAGAGCUUAACCUGCAAGAUUAUAUACAAGUUAGACCAUUAGCAGAUGGAACAUUUGACACUUUAUCACAAAGUUUAGAUGUACAUAGUUCUCGUGGAGAAAAUUCUUGGACCAGUGACAUUGAAGGAGGCUGGUACCUGUCAACAGAUACUCACCAUAACAAUUUAAUCCGUCGUGAAUUCUGCUAUGACUAUGCACCGUCACUGAGUCUUUGCCUUGCUAUAUUGGGACUCCACCAAAAUCAUAAAAGGGCAGCUGUUUGUAUCAUCAAGUUAUGUCAUCAUUUAUUUUCCCUCAUUAUAUCAUCUUUAAAAGUAUCAAACUCAGAAACUGAUCACAGUUUUUUGCUGUCAAUGAUUCAAACCCUUUUGACUUCAUCCAAAGUACGGUUUGGAAAUGUUGGUGAACAUCAAGGAAUUGAACUAUGCGAGUAUUACACUCAGUGGGUCGAUUUGCUUUCCCUUUUAUUAAAAGCAAACUGUGAUGACAUAAUCUCAAUUGAAGCUUUAGGAAAUAUGCUUGUAAUUGGAAAUUUGUACCAAAAAUGUUUAUUAGAAGAGAAAGCCAUUCAGAGUGAUUUAGAAAAACACUUGAAGCAAGAAUUUUUCCAUAUGAGAGGGCUACGCAACACACUCGUCAAGAAGCAGAUGUGGGAAUUAGCUCUGGAUGUCUCAACCAAAGCUGGACUUGAAACUAAUGGAGUGUGGAGAGCAUGGGCCUUGGCUUCUCUCAAGGCAGGGGAUUUUCCUGGAGCUCGGGAACGAUUCUCGCGAGUUCUUGAAAGACCAACAGACAAAAAUAGGACCUGUGUGUCAUCCUUGUUGCCAGAAGUUCUUAAAUAUCUUGAGAGUAACCCAUUCCAAGUAGAUCCACAGGUAAUGGACCAAGCAGAGCGCACAAGAUCAAGCAUCAUGCUCAGUGAUCAGUCCAGGCUUCCUCCAUCACAGGCCCUUGUAGUACUUCAUAGUCUCAAGAACCUUAACCGAAUUGCACAAGGUAAUCUGAAUUAUAGAGAUACCCCUAGACAAGUGUUUUUUGGUCAAAGAAAUAAAAAAGUGAACCCAUCAAGAAUUGAAUCAGCAUUCCAGAUCGAGUGUAAAUAUUACCUUAGUUUGUAUGGGAGUCAUUCCAUGUCCAUUCAGUAUUUUAUGAGACAUAGACUAAUGCAGGAAUGUGUGGAGUAUUUGCUUGCUGAAGAUGUUAACGUGGAAGUCUUUAUUGAAAAUGUCUUGAUACCUUGCUUAAGAUGUGGCUAUCUUGAUCAGUUGAUGCGAUGCCUAUAUGCAUCAGAUCCCCACAUGGAAAAGUGGGCCAAGUUGAUGUUUGGAGGCUGCCGCUGGCUGGAGCGACGUGGUUGGUGGAACUGUCUUUUGACUUUACAAGAAGCAUUGGGCGACAGACUGAGAGCAUCAAUGACUCUUCUCAGAAUGUAUAGUAAUGAUGUUGGCAGUUACACAGCACUCGCAAGCAGAUCUAACUACAUAACUUUAGCAUUAACACACCUUCAAGCUUAUUUGGAUAGUCAGACUUUGUAUGGUUCCACUGCAAAGAAAAAGAAGCUAAUUCUUGACAUGUCUCCCUGGUAUGUAAAUCAGAAUAUCAAUAUGCUAACAUUGCAAGCUGAUGUCACAAAGAUCUUGGCAGAAAAUGAAUCAAAAGGAAACAUUAAUACAGAUCUUUUGGAAAAGCUUUAUGAAAUGAAUGUUUUAAAAAAUAGAUGCUUGCCAACACUGUUAAUAAAUAGUGAUGAGCGGUUAGCAGUAGCAGUUCUUGUAAUAUGUGGAGCUGAGAUUUUGGCAGAUGGUUUAAACCUUGCAUAUCGGAUAGUGGAGAGAAGUGAAUUGCCGGUGGAGAAGUUGCUGUCAACAUGUUGCCAAUUGCUGGUUCAGAAAGAUAAGGUCGAACAAGUGAGCCUGGUGGUGAGUGGAAUACAAGAGUGGGAAGCCCUGAGACCAGAAGCAGUAGAUGCUGCCUUACAUCCAGUGCUCCACAUAGUUGCAGCCAACAAUCAGAACAACUAUCUCGAUAGUCUUGUCAGACUUCUCUCCAGUGAUCAGGCUAAGGUAAGUUGACACAAAGAAAUUGGUUUAUUCUGCGAGGUUUUUGUACUGUUACUUCCUCACCUUCCUCACAUCAGAUUUGAGUACUUCUUAUUCCUCAGGCACUGCUUGACCCUUAUGGGUUUAAUACUUGCUAUGACUGUAAUAGAACUGGAAUGGAUGAGGACUUCUUUGAGGGGUGUCCCGUAGAUCAAUUGUUAGCGCACUCAGCUCACACACUGAGGUCUGGAGUUCGAAUCUCCAGUACGGAAAACAUUAGGGACACGUUUCCAUAAGACACAUGCUGUCCCUCUUCGUCCAUCAGUAUAAAAUGGGUACCUGGGUGUUAGUCGACUGGUGUGGGUCACAUCCUGGGACGAAACUGACCUAAUUUUCCCGAAAUGCUCUGCAUAACAAGCGGCUUUUUAUAUAGUAGUAUGUCAUUGAUGUCACCUAGGCCUGUAUACACAUGUACCUUGUACAUGUACUUGUAGAAAUAAAGAUAUUAUUACACGUACAGUGGACCCCCGCAUAACGAUUACCUCCGAAUGUGACCAAUUAUGUAAGUGUAUUUAUGUAAGUGUGUUUGUACGUGUAUGUUUGGGGGUCUGAAAUGGACUAAUCUACUUCACAAUAUUUCUUAUGGAAACAAAUUCAGUCAGUACUGGCACCUGAACAUACUUCUGGAGUGAAAAAAUAUCGUUAACCGGGGGUCCACUGUAUAUGUAUUAUUAUAUUAAGUAUGAAGUACAG